AUGAUUUCGCGCAUGUCGGUCAGAACACACACCCAAUCGGAAACGCUAACGAAGCAGGACUCUGUGAACAUGCUAAAAAAUAUAAUCAAACUGGGGAUCAGUUUAGUCACCUAUUUACGAAAUUUAUUUGAAGAAAGUGCCUAUGAAGAAGUACACAUCCAAGAAUUAAAAUUAAAGAGACUUCUACCCAUCAACCGAGAAGCACAUAUGAUAAUUAAUUGGCUUGAAAAAGGAGUAUUCGACGCUAUAGAAAAAGAAUACUUACGGAUCCUAAUCUUAGACAUAAAUGACAUAUAUGAUAACUCCAUCGAAUGCUAUAAAUUUAGUUUUUCCUACAACUCUGUUAGGGGUGGAAAAAUAGGGAUCACAUUGGAGACGUCCCAAAAUAAGCCAAAUAAUACAUUAAAUCCUUUACCUGAGAGAACGUACCUCUCGAUGAAGCUCCUUUAUUAUGAUGAAAUCGUUCCGUACAAUUAUCAGCCUCCCUACUUUAGAAACCCAGACAACAAGGAUCUAUUAAAAUUUGUUAAUCUACCCAAUGAGGACUAUGUUGGAAAGGUAGACACGGGUCAUCACUACCUUUCCAUAGUUGUCAAUUCUACUAGCGCUAGUAAUGAACAACAGCAGGUGGGUUCCUACAAUUGCAGCGAGAUGCACAAUCAGGAUAUGAGCAAUGCAAACCGUCAUCCGUACGGCAAAAUUCCAGAUGGGGAUUACUACCAAUAUGAUGGUGAAGGGGAACAUCCCAGGAGAGCGAAAAAUCAGGACAAUCCUGACGAGGGUCUCCAUGGUGAUUCUCACUAUGAUCAGGAUGAUGAACUUAAUAAGUAUGCAGCUGGUCGAGGCGAAAAGAGAUACAAGCAAGCCAAGUACGAGGAUGAUAGACAAGCCUUCCUGAAGAAGCGACUAGUGAAAAGCAGAAAUAAAGGAAAGGAUAGGAAAAACUGCAUAGUCAUAGAUGAUGACAAUUUUGCAGAGGAAGAUGAAGAGGAAGGUCAAGGCGAUAAUAAAGACUAUGAUGAGGACUAUGAUGAGGACUAUGGUGAGGACUAUGGUGAGGACUAUGAUGAGGACUAUGACGAGGACUACGAUGAGGACUAUGAUGAGGACUAUGCUGAGGACGAUGAUGAAGACGAUGAUGAUGAAGAAUACGUAGAGGGGCGUAAUGGAACCACCCGAGGAGAUGCUGAUAAUCGCACAGGCGAUAAUCGUAACAGAGUGGAAACUCGCUAUGAGGACGAGCGAGACGCGGACUAUGAUUACUAUGAUGAAUAUGAAGAAGACGACACGGAGGAAAAUGUCGAUGAUGACGAUGAUGAUGACUCCGAUGUUGAUUACGAAUACGAUGAGGAAUACUCCAGCCUGAGCGAUGAACGGUCGCAUAAAAGGAGCAAAAGGAGUUGCAAAAAAACUGGAACGAAAAGGAAAAAAAAGUUAUCGCCAUCUUUAUCGGAUAGCAAAUUAAAUGAUAAAAUAUCAGCAUCUCUAGUCAGAGUCAUCAAAUGUAGUAACGACCAUGAUGAUAGUAGCAACUCGGAUAAUAACGAAUGCUACAGCAAGAUAGGCAAAAUGCUCUCACAAACAAACAAAGAUGCAGAUGAACAUGAUUGUGUAAAAGUAGAGAAGAGAGAAAUAGAAGACGAUAAGAAGAAGAAAAAUAAAUACUGCGUUAACAAUAAAAAAGAACUCGGAAAUUCCUACUAUAGGAGUAACCCCUACAGGAGGAACAUAGAUAAAAUGGCUACCCGUUUGUAUGAUAAUUCCGGUGCCAAUAAUUCCCCAUAUAGCAACACAAAUGGAAAAGCUACCAACGAACUGAAUAAGCCCUACGGAAUUCAAAAUAAUUCCAAAACUAAUACGAGUCGUUUGUACUCUUCCUAUGGAGUGGACGAUGCGAAUGCAUACCUUGACAAUGUUAGGGACAGGGACAGAGACCGAGAAAGGGAUCGAGACAGGGAGCACUACGAAAAUAGGAAAAACUACAUCAAAACGCACAAAGAUAACUCUCUCAUGAAAAUGAAAAAGAAAAGAAAAAAAGAAAAAUUAACCUACAAAAAUUUAAAAAACAAAAAAUCGCUGCACAAAACAUUCAUGGUUAAAUAUAAAAAGAAGAAAAUGCUUCACAAAAUAAGAAUCUACAUCACGAGAUAUAAAAUUCUCAGCAAGACAAAAAUCAGGCAGAAGUUCCCCAGUGUCUCCAACUACGAAAUUGACAAAGUUUUGCACAAGCUCGUCAACGAAAAUAUCAUUCGCAGGGACGGGUACAAGUUUUAUAAGUUCGUUGAAGAUAAGAGCGAUGGGAAGGAGGGCUUGGAGAAGAAGCACGACGGGGAGCCAGGCCACGCGCAGAUGGAGCAGACGGAGCAGACGGAGCAGAUGGAGAAGACGGAGCAUAUGGAGCAGACGGAUCAAAUGGAGAAGACGGAGCAGAUGGAACAGAUGGAGCAGACGGAGCAGAUAGAACAGACGGAGCACUCGAACCAAAAGCUCAAAGAGGAAAUCCGCAAAGAGGAUGACUCGGUUGUAGACCCGGUUGAUCACCCAGCCGAUGAACCACCUGACGACCACCCCGCGGAGCAGCAGCAGCCAAACGCAGAUGCAAAUUUCAUCGACAUGUCCAAAGAGGAUAGCGUGAAAAAUUCAGAGAUCGAAAACAGUUAUGAAAAUAGCCUGCUGAACAACAUUUCCGACCCCUUAGAAAGUCAGGAGGCCAUCGAGCAGAUAGACAAAGAGGAUCAAAACAACAUGAAUCAAAUUAAUGACGACAUCCAAAAGCUCUACAACGAUGUAUACAAUUUGUGUGUUAAGACAAAAUAUGUCAAUAAAGAAAUUAUUACAAAGGGACUUAACAUUUAUCCUUUGCUUGCCAAGCCGUUAAUAGAUAGACUUUUACGAGAGGGAGUUUUAAAAAAAAAGGUCGUGAAAAAUAAGGGUUAUGAAAGUAACAUCUUUGUCCCCAUUGAAAGUGCCUAUAUUGCUAAUAACAGGGUGGACGAAGUGGGCGUCAAGUCCGAUGCCCCUGCGGAGAAUCUCGCGGACGAGGAAAAAAAUUGA